UCAUAUCUGUCCGGAAAGACGUAAAUUGAUUUGUGAUUGUGAAAGUGACGUUUAGCCGUUUGCUAGUUGCAAGCACAGUGCAAGGAAUCUAUUUUUCAGGAAAAUCGUGCAAUAUAUCUGUGCAUGAAUUCGGUGUCAUAUCAGCAUAAGACAUGGCAGAUGACUCCCUCUUUGAAUUUCUCCACAUGGAAAUAGUGUCUCAUGUUUACAAGGAGCAAGAGUCCCGCGGAGAUAACGACAAGGAGAGAGGUACCUGUGUCUCCUUGUUAGAAUGCAUGGGUUUCCGGGUAGGCCAAGGACUUAUUGAAAGGUUCACAAAAGACUCACCAGGCUUCAAAGAUGAGCUUGACGUCAUGAAGUUUCUCUGUAAAGACUUCUGGACAAACAUCUUCCGCAAGCAAAUUGACAACCUAAGAACCAAUCACCAGGGCACAUACGUCUUACAAGAUAACCGCUUUGCACUCAUAACACAGCUCUCCAGUGGCCAACAGUACCUGGAGGAUGCUCCUAAAUACCUAGCCUUCUCCUGUGGGCUGUUGAGGGGAGCCUUGUCCAACCUCGGUCUGGAAAGUGUGGUGACUGCUGAGGUCUCCCUCAUGCCUGCCUGUAAAUUCCAGGUGGUGAUCCAGAAGGCGUAGACGAUUGACCACUGGAAGACGUCCGAACCCUCUCUUCCAGGGCCCUUCCCUGCCAUCACCCUUUGAUAUGAAUGUCUACGUGAAUGUUUACACACACCAAGGUAGUUUACAGCAUAUUAUUUUUGAUAACGAGUACACUCAUGGUGGGCACCUCACCUACGAUCUAUUUAAAAUCGGAAAGCCGAGUCAUUGCCAUUUUUUUUAGUAUGACAGUGAAAUAUGGACAAAGAUGAACAUUUUUUUAAUGUAUCUGCAGAAAAUCCGUGAGGCCAUUGUGAAAUCCUGUACAAUCAAAGCUAGUGUCAAUACUAGAUCAAAUUGAGUGCGUGAGAUGACAUGUUUAAAGUUGUUUGAUGUAACAAUGUGACAGAUGUCUAUCUAUAAUCUAUUUAUUUAUUGUAAAGCAUUCCCCGCUACCUCUUUUUUAUUUAAGAUGCAAUUUUUAUAUUGAUUUGUUCAACAAACAGUGGGGUCAAAUUUCAAAUGUAUAGGCCUUAAUGGCUUAAAACCAUUGAGGGGAAAAAAGUUCCUGUCUUUUAUCACCAGAGGGCACUGUGGGAAAGUCUCAUCACACGGGAACGCUUUUAGAUGCUCUCACUGAACUCAAGAAUAGUGUUUUGUGCACUAACUUCCAGCUGUUUUUGUAACAUCACUUUCCUCACAAGUAUAGUAGUAGACAGCAGUUUGUGAUAGCUUGUGAUAGGAGCACAGUGCAGUGCAGGGCUUUCCCCCGCCUGGAUCACCCAGUCUAAAGGGAACGAUAAACCGUGUUUAGCACUGCGCAGUGAAAGUCUCGUGUAACGUCCCCCGCCUGGAUCACCCAAUCUAAACGGCACGUUAAACCGUGUUCAGUACUGCACAGUGAAAGUCUUGUGUAAUGUCCCCUGCCUGGAUCACCCAGUCUAAAGGGAACGUUAAACCGUGUUUAGCACUGCACAGUGAAAGUCUUGUGUAAACUAAGGUGCUGCCCUUGUAGGUUAGACUCCUUUUUUUUCCCACUUUAAACAGGAAAAUAAAAAAAAUGCCAACAUAUUAGAAGUAGAAAAAAAAAAAGCCAUGUUUUGUAAAAAAAACAAUGACACAUACACACACACAGUCAGAUUAGUCAUUAUUACCCAUAGUGUGAUGUGUAGUCGUGCACUUGUAUCCCAGCAGUGCCAAAACAGCUGCUCUAUCAUGGGAAGGGUCUCCCCUCCCUGUCAACACGCAGUCAGGGCUGGGAAGAAAGUCUAGAGGUCACCACUCCAAUGUCUUCCGCAUUGCAGCCCUCAACAAAGGUGCUGAGGGAAGGGGAAAAAACAAAACAACAUGGAGAGUUAGUAGGCAAAAGGGAUUCUAUGUGGAGAAGGCUGCCAUGGUGUGUGUGUAUAUAUAUGUGUGUGUGUGGAGGGGGGUGGUGUUGGUGAUUAAGUGAGGGUGUUAGAGUCCCUGUGUGCAGUUCCUAUUCAGUGCUGCCUGGUCCUUUGUGGAGGUAAAUAACAGCUCGGCCAUAUCCCCAGCUGGCCUGCUCCUCCUGUGCUGGGCCCUCGGCCUGCCGGCCGGCUGUGCGGGUAUCCAUAAAAGAGAAGUGCUGGAAUGGACCAGGCAGGGUCUGUGUGCAGCUGAGAGUGAACCAUGGACAACAUCAAACGCUUCAUCCCAACGCAGCUUCCCACCCCCACCCCCUCACUCC